AUGAUGCAACGCCUCACGCACCGACUGAAACAGUCCAUCUUUGGGCGACCGCCUUCUCCAGCUAGGAAAUUUUCUCAUGCAGGCAUUCUUCUCGACUCAAACGACAAACUAGAGGAGGAAAAGCUACGAGGGUACACGCCAGAGCAUUUCUACCCUGUGAAUAUCGGCGAUGUAUUUCGCUCAAGGUACCAGGUGGUUGGAAAGCUUGGGUAUGGGGGUCAUUCCACAGUGUGGCUCUGUAGAGACCUACAGCAGCAUGCCUAUGUUACAUUGAAAAUGUACGAACAUGACUCUAGCCAUGGAAGAAGAGAAAAAGAGGUGUACAAACAUCUCGGAAACGUCAAGUCCAGCCAUACAGGCUCUGUGCUCGUGCGACGCGCCAUCGAUGACUUUCAAAUCAGUUCUGCGGAUAACACCUACUCCUAUCAGUGCCUUGUGCAUCCCCCUUUAGCUAUGAGUCUAUGCGAGCUACGCAAUCGGACCAUAGAAAAGGUGCUGCCGGAAGAUAUACUCAAGCCAACUUUGAUCCAUAUACUUCUUGCUCUCGACUUUCUUCACACAGAAGCCAAGAUUGUUCAUACUGAUAUACAAGAAAAUAAUGUCAUGCUUAGUGUGGAGGAUGAGUCAAUUCUCGUCGAUUUUGAGGAAGCAGAGAGAUCCAGCCCCAGCCCUCGCAAAAUUGUUGGAGAUCGGGUGAUCUAUUCCUCCCGAGACCUAGGGAUCCCAAAGGUGCAUGGCCGUCCUAUUUUGUCGGACUUCGGGGAGGCUCGCUUUAGCUCGAGUUUAGGGAAACAAUGGGAGGAUGUCCAACCUUUAGUUUACCGGGCUCCAGAGGUUCUAUUGCGGAUGCCAUGGAAUGAAAAGAUUGAUAUUUGGAACAUAGGGGUCCUUGCCUGGGAUCUUUUUGAGCAGAAGCAUCUCUUGUACGCCCGCGAUUCAAACAGGAACAUUUCAGACAGCCACCACCUCGCUGGGAUGAUAGCAAUCAUGGGCGCGCCACCAAAAGAAAUGCUUCAAAAUAGCGAGUAUGCGAUGAAGUUCUUCGAUCACGACGGCAAUUGGAUAGGUACCGCCGAAAUUCCUUCUAUAUCUCUGGAGAAGCUAGAAGGCAAUUUGCGAGAUACACAACAAAGUUUAUUUCUCUGCUUCAUGCGGAAGAUGCUUCAGUGGAAACCGGAAAAUCGAGCAUCUGCGAAAGAGUUGCUAGCGGAUCCUUGGCUGAAGUCAAUUUAG